CCCCACUAUUUUUCUGAAACUCAUCCUUUGGCGGACCGCUUCGGCUCACUGCCAGAAUCUUAUCUCUCGGCAAGCAGCUGAGGCACAACUCAGCCCUACACAUCCGAGUCAUUUUGUUGAAACAAAUCAAGUCCUAUCAUGGCUCGAUAUUCUUGCCUGCCGCUCAAUGUACCAAAAACUGAGUUCGUCCACGAGUCUCUCGACAAUGCUCCAUUUUACGAGGCACUUUCAUACACGUGGGGCGAUCCUAGCAUCACAAAAACCAUUCAUCUCAGCACCCAACAGCCAAGUGUACAGCAUGUGCUUCGAGGUCCUGUGCAAAUAUAUCCGCAAGCCAGCUCUUUCCCCUUCGACGUGCCGCCAAUCUCGAGUCUACUCUCAGACCUCUCCGUCUGGAGGAUCUGCCACGAGUGCUUUGGGUCGACGCAAUCUGUAUCAACCAAAUUGAUUCCGCUGAAAAAAGGUCAUGAAGUUGAAUUGAUGGGCUGGAUCUAUCAGGAUUCCUUGCGGGUCUACGCCUGGCUUGGGAUGCUACAGAUGAGAGUGACCAGGCGAUGCAGUUGAUCAACGACCAUGCACAGCUGUGGCUGAUGAUGCCUCAUCUGCCGUCACUCCUCGACAAAGAGGAGCUUAUUCCGCAGUGG